UGAAGAAUGGGCUCUUUGCGAAGGUCUCGGCGGGAGGUGAUGGCUCCGGUGUGGUCAAUGGUACCGCCACCACUACCACUGCGGCUACGACUACGGCUACGGCUACGGCCACGGCUACGGCUACGGAGACACAAUCAGUGCAGGAAUUGCCUCAUCGGCGAAGAAAGCGGUUAAAGGAAGAGGCAGAGAAGAACUCGGAAGAACAGACAAUGGCUCCGGACGCCCCGGCGCGGUUGUCGGCGUACUCCUCGGCGCUUCCCACCACCUCCCUACGCCGUACACUGGCGGCGCUGCUUGCCUUGUGCAAGCCGAACCUCUCGUUUCUCAUUGUCCUAUCGACCACCUCAGCCUAUGGGAUGUACCCGAUCUCCUCACUCCUCACUCUUGACCCAGCAAUGACGCCCCUCCCCACCCUCUCGACAUCGACCCUGACCCUGUUCUACCUUACCGCCGGCACGUUCCUCUCGUGCUGCAGUGCGAACACGAUCAAUAUGCUUCUCGAGCCCAAGCAUGACGCUAAAAUGUCGCGCACACGGAACAGGCCACUGGUCCGGGGUCUUCUAUCGACCCGCACGGCCAUUCUGUUCGCCAUAGCCACUGCCGCGUCGGGCCUGGGCCUGCUGUACAUCGGAACAAACCCGACGACAACCGGUCUUUCGGCAGCCAACAUUCUGUUGUACGGCUUUGUGUACACGCCUCUCAAGCGCGUUCACGCCAUCAAUACAUGGGUUGGCGCCGUGGUCGGCGGAAUCCCCCCACUGAUGGGCUGGGUCGCCGCCGCCGGCCAGACCGCUACAACCGGCCACGACACAUGGCGCGAUAUGCUGUUCAGCGAAGACAGUAUCGGCGGUUGGCUGUUGGCCGGUGUGCUCUUUGCAUGGCAGUUCCCGCAUUUCAACUCCCUGUCGCAUAUCAUCCGGGAGGAAUACAAGGCCGCCGGCCAUCAGAUGUUAUGCUGGAAGAACCCCGCCAUGAACGCCCGCGUCGCCCUGCGCUACUCCAUCCUCAUGUUCCCCAUCUCCAUCGGUCUGUGGUGGGUCGGAGUGGUUGGCCACGGCUUCCUCGUUAGCAGUACCCUGGCCAACGGCUGGCUAGUCAAAGAAGCGUACAAGUUCUGGAAACACCAGGGUGCCAAGGGAACCGCGCGCGGCCUCUUCUGGGCAAGUGUCUGGCAGCUCCCCAUCCUCAUGGUCGGCGGCCUGGUGACCAAGAAGGGUCUCUGGGAUGGUGUCUGGCAAAAUGCCUUUGGUUCCGACCAACCCGAUGACGAGGACGACGUCUACCUCGAUGACGACGAGGAAGCUAUCGAAGAUGCUAUUGCUGCCUCCAUUCACAAACAAAAAGCCCUUUCGGUGGGACCUACGGCAUAAACCUGCAGGAAAGCUUUUGCUUUUUUUUAUUCUUUUGCUUUUUCUUGGAAAAGGGAGAAAAAAAAAAGAGAGAGAGAUGCAAUGUAUACUCCUGCCGGGAGUAUGACCCCACCACGGCGUUCUUUUGUUUCUUCUUCAAGUCUUGUAUAACACAGCCGAUAAUGGAAUCCCUGCUAUAUGUAAAUACUU